AUGCAGCUGGGCCCUGUGAAUAUCAACAACAAAGCCCGUGAAACUGAAUCUCAGACAUCAGAUCCUAAAGUGAUUGCCCUGCUGGAAGCAACAUUCCAUGUGUUGGAUAAACCCAAGUCCUUACUAAGUUUCACUUCCUUAUCCUUCGCAGCUGGUGGCGAUUCUAUCUUUGAAAUGCUGCUUACGGCCCGUUGUGUGUCUUUGGGCUAUCGCAUCAGAGUCGAGGAUAUUCUUAGGGCCAAGUCACUGUCCACCCUGGCUAGAAAUAUGGAGCCACUAAUUGAGGAGGUGCUGGAUGUCAACCCUGAUGUGAUGAAUGAUAGCCUGUUUGACCUGUCACCUAUACAGAAACUUCAUUUCCGCCAGAACUCACUUAGGUCAGACCAUUUUAACCGGAGCAUGUUGCUCCAGUCGCGUCAGCCAAGGUCUCUUGGAUGUCUAAAGAGCGCCAUUGAAUACGUCGUUGAGCAUCAUUCUAUGCUGAGAUCUAGCUUUGAUUAUUGUCACAACGGCAGUAGAGAUUUCCUCUUUGAGACACUCACAGCUCCCAACUUCAAAAUUGUUGUCGACAUUGUCAAAGAAAAACACAAAUCCACCAAUUUUGAAGCUGGGCCUAUGCUAGUUGUCACUCAAAUCUCGGUCGGUGAUGAUAUCUUCAUAUCGCUGAUCUGCCAUCACCUAGUCGUCGAUCUGGUCAUCUGGCGUAUCAUCAUUAAGGAUUCAGAAGAUCUGCUGCAGGCUACAACGCCAUUGCCGCCUUCAACCUCCAAUCCGACCUGGGUGAACGCUCAACAGAGACGCAUGUUAAAUGAGAAAGGAAAUUAUAAUUUCGAUAAGACUGUCUAUAUUAAACCACCCCAGCUGCAAGUGCAAUAG